UGCGCAAAACCUAAACAAAAUAAUCGAAAAAUAAAUAAUUCUAAACGGAAAUAAAUAAGAAAAAAUCAAAUAAUGGCAGGACGUGGAAGGGGCGGCAAGACAGGCACCCUCACAGCCGAGCAAAUGGCCAUGCUGGGUUGUACAAAGGAUAUGCCGGUGCAGACAGCGCCGCCUCCCACAUUUCCGCCUGUUUUGAACAGGCCCACUACGCUGGAGACAACCGCCACCCAAAACUACCAGCUGCUGUGGAAGGAGGAUUUCCUGAAUCGCAUGCGAGAUUCCCCCUAUUACAUUGUCUCCGCCAGCCAGGAGGCGCCAAAUCGGGAGCACAAGGACUGGCGGGAGAAAGCCAUGGAGCGCAUGAAGCUCAAGGCCCAGCCCGAAUUCAAUUACAAAGCCAUGCCCAUGGAGCUAAAUAUAUCCAGUCGAAAGCGACGCGCUGCAGAUGCACGGCCCAAGCUGCUGGCCAAAAAGACCAAUAUCGAGGACCGACUCAAGGUGCUGGAGCAGAAGGAACUCAAGUCCGGCGGUGGCGAACAGGACGAGGUCAAACAGGAGUCGGAUUCCGAACAGGAGGAGGAGCAGGAGGAUCCGGAGGCGGCGAUGGAUGACGAGAUGGACGAGGACAACGACUACGGAGCCACCUACUUUGAUAACGGAGAGGCGUUCAACGACGAGGACGACAACUUGGACGACGGUCCCGUGUAUUAAUAAAACCAGCGUACUGAAUACUUUCGGAUCUGUGAUUUACUAUGUCGCCACUUUAAGCUUAUUUAACACAAAUUUUGGAUUAAUUUACACGUAGGGGGUGACUGGCU